AUGCGACCUCGUCUCGGUGUCAACGUCGACCACAUCGCGACCGUUCGUCAGGCACGACGAACGCGAUAUCCGGACCCCGUCGAAGCGGCGAUGGUCGCGGAGGUGCCGCGCGCGGAUCAGAUCACGGUGCACCUCAGGGAGGACCGACGCCACAUCCAAGAGCGCGACGUCGACAUUCUUCGUCAGACCGUCACGACCGAGCUCAACCUCGAGAUGGCGGCGUCGCAGGAGAUGGUGGACCUGGCGCUGAAGUACAGCCCGGACACCGUCACGCUCGUACCCGAACGACGCGAAGAACUCACGACCGAAGGUGGGCUCGACAUCAUCGCCAAUCGAGAGGCGAUUCAACGCGCGAUUCGUUUACUUCAAGACGGGAACAUUCGCGUGGCGGUGUUUAUCGAUCCGGAUCUCGACCAGGUGCGCGCCGCGCAUAAGAUCGACGCGCACGCCGUUGAGCUUCACACCGGGCGUUACGCGGAAGGCCGUAGCUUCAAGGAACGAAGUGAAGAACUCGGCCGCAUUCGCGAUGCUGCCAAAGCGGCGAUGAAGUUCGGCCUCGGCGUCGCUGCAGGCCACGGACUGCACUAUGACAACACUAUCCCGGUCUCGCGCAUCCCAGAAAUCGCAGAACUCAACAUCGGCCAUGCGAUCGUCGCGCGCGCAAUGUUGAGCGGGAUGGAAAUCGCCGUGCGAGACAUGAUCGCACUGCUUCGCGAGUCCCGUGCAGACAUGAUUCGCGGCACGCGCGCCUGA